AAUUAUGAGCGACAGUCAGCAAGGCACCGUCCCAUGACAUUUAAUGACGCCACGUUCAGGCAACCUAGCGUUGGAUUACCAACGUCAUAACUGUCUACCGUUUGGGUGACAUGAUACGAUCAUCUCGUUGGCGCAGUACCCCUUUAGGAGUCGUGUUUGGUAUAUGCCAAGCCAGCUUGUCACGGAGAUACCUCGUUAUGAGUCAGCCUGAUUUUGGACCGCGAGCAGUUAGGGGAAGAGACACUUAUCAAGGCAACGUGAAUAUUUAUAGCAAAGGCGGAACAUCCCAUAGUGAUCAAGUCGACGUUGGUCGUCGGCAUUCCACCCGGAACGCAUAUACCCCCAAUUUCUCACCUGCCUUUGUAAUGAUGGCCGUAUAAAAUAACACUCCCACUAAUAAGCUGUCCUAGUUCUGACUCCAUCAUUCGGGUUUUAUGGCCUCAGCGACGCAAACAGAGAAUUCCGGGCGCAAGGCUCCGCCGGGAGCAUCAUGGCAGGACCAGGAAGAGCUCGUUCUCCCCAAAAAUCGAUUGGGCAUUGUAUUUCUAGGCCUGAUGUGCUCUGUUUUCCUAGCGGCUUUGGAUCAGACUAUUGUCGCCACUGCACUCCCAACGAUAGUAGCACAACUUGGUGGGGGUAGUCAGUACAGCUGGGUCGGCAGUGCGUACAUGCUGUCGGCCGGCGCUUUUGGCCCUCUGUAUGGGAAAUUAUCCAAUAUGUUUGGUCGUAAGCCGAUACUCUAUACUUCAAUAUGUACCUUUUUGCUUGGAUCAGCGUUAUGUGGGGCAGCCCAGAGCAUGAUAUGGUUGAUCGUUGCUCGUGCAGUACAGGGCAUCGGUGGUGGAGGGAUUAUUCAACUUGUGAUUAUCACAAUAUCAGAUAUCGUUCCCCUGAAGGAUCGAGGGCGAUACGGGGGUUUUGUCGGUGCUACCUUUGGUGUGGCUAGUGUCAUUGGUCCACUGUUGGGCGGUGCCCUCACGGAACACGUUUCGUGGCGGUGGUGUUUCUUCAUCAAUUUGCCGACAGGUGGCGUUUCUGCAGUGAUACUAUUCAUCUUCCUGAACCUCAACCCACACCAAAGUCGCCCUAUCCACGAGCAGAUUGCAGAACUUGACUUUGUCGGGCUCUUCUCUUUUGUCGGGGGUGUUGUGUGUCUACUUCUCGGAUUCCAGUUCAGUCAGACAAGUUGGUCUGAUGCCAAGACUAUCGCUUUGCUCGUUGUUGGAUGUACACUACUUGUUCUGGGAGGCGUCAAUGAAGUAUUCACCACACGCUCUGCAAUUGUGCCUGCACGCCUUUUCAAGACUCGUACAACUGCAGUGUUGCUCGUCAGCGCAUUUCUUCAUGCUAUUACGUUCUUCACCGCUACAUAUUAUCUUCCACUUUAUUAUCAAGUCCUUGGUGCUAGUGCCACUGGUGCAGGAAUCAGGAUGAUUCCUUUCUCACUGGGCACAGCUAUUAUGUCCAUAGUCGCGGGAGUCAUCAAUUCUCGAACCGGCAAGUCCCGCCCCAUAAUAUGGUCGGCGUAUGCUAUGAUGACACUCGGAUGGGGUCUCAUGACUAUGCUGGAUUAUAACUCAAACAAUGCGGAGAAGGAAUUGUACCCAUUCGUCGCGACCCUUGGUGUUGGGUGCUUAUUCCAGGUUCCCAUUAUCGCUCUUCAAGCAGCAAUGCCAAUGAAAGACAUGGCCACUGCUUCGAGUGCUUUCAUGUUCCUUCGUACGGUCGGCGGAGCGGUCGGUAUCUCCGUCGGUGAAGCCAUUAUCUCGAGUCUUCUUUCGAAGAAGAUAGCGAGUAUACCUGGAAUAAGUUCAUACGUCUCUGGAUCUACCGCUGCACUGUUGAAUGAUGACGUCUCGUAUCUGCAUCUUAUUCCGGAUGUCACCGUUCGUAAUGCCAUUCUGCAUGCCUAUUCCCGAUCAAUUAGUGCAAUCUGGAUCAUGAAUACGCCGAUUUCAGGCGCUGCGUUGAUUCUGAUGCUAUUCCUGCGGGAAUACUCUAUGACACGCAAGCUCGUGAGAAGUGAGGGGAGAAGUCCGAACGAUGCUGAGAUGGCGACUAUAACGGAAGAUGCAGAGUAUAAAACAGAGGGGGAAGGGCACGGUGCAGAUUUGACGCGAACAAACUCAAUCGCUCUUGUUCCGAAGGAGGUUCAGGCCACAUGAAAAGCA